AUGGUGCAGGGGAGCGUCACCGUCAAGGUGCGGCCUCUAACGCUCCCAGGCCUCGAAAAGAAGAAUCUCCAAGGCGCCGCCCGCCUCUACGUGAGCAAAGAGUCUCUCAUCGCCCUGACAAAAAGCUUGGAAGGCAACAAGCCGUGCGUGGUGGAGAGGCUGCCACCCGACGACGAUGCUGCUGCUGCUGCGGAGACGCCGAUCCAGCGGGAGGCCCUUCUGUGCGUGCUGCCGGAAAAGAACAUGAGCCCAAACAUCGGCAUGAUGACCCGCGCCUUUCAAGAGGCGACGGGGUUCCGCCUCGGCGAUCAAGUGCGCAUCGCACUGCUCCAGACUACGGCGGAUGUGGAAGAGGUUGUCGUGCGGGAUACGAGCGAUGCCGAGGUCAAUGUGAAGCAACGAAUGUACCCUGUUGAUUGGAGGGCCGUUCUGGGGGAGGCGAUGAUCGACGCAGAGCAAAUUUUCCCCGGCAUGGUCUUCGAGGGCGUAGCAGCUCACAAGACACGUCGCAACUUCAAGGUUCUCCGUGUCAAUGGGCAGGCCGAUAACCUUGGUCGCUUCAACGAGGCCACCAGCGUUAUCCGCAUCCUUAACCCUGGUGAGGAUGAUGCUCCCCCCAAUUCUACCAUCACUCCCAGCGGAGAGCUCGCCGUCACAGGCAUCCCCGGCCUUGCCGGCCAGCUCGCGCCGCUGAACAAAUUUCUUCGGGAGUUCACCCGGCCAUUGAGGUUCGCGGAUCGGAAGUGUUCAUGCGCCUUUGUGAUUCAUGGGGGCCGCGGCACAGGCAAGACGAUGAUCUUGAACAAGUUAGCCGCCACAGGCUGGGGUACAGUCCACUGGAUCCAACCAUCGUGCAAGUCCACGGUCAUCCGUGAGACCUUCAAAAAGGCAGCCGCCACCGGGCAACCGAGCAUCAUCCUCCUCGACGAGCUCGAGGACCUGCUCGCCAAAGACCGCUCUAAUCACGAUGUCGUCGUCGAGGCGCUCGGGGCGGAGCUCGAUGCGCUGGCGGCUCGAGCUUCCGCGCAGGGAUCCCUGCCACCCGUCCUUGUCGUGGCUGCCUGCCUCGACUUCAUGGCGAACGUGCCCCCCAAGCUGCAGAAGCAAACGCGGCUGCGCAGAAACCUUGGCCUGCGAAUCCCCCGCGCCCCGGAGCGCCGCGAAAUCUUGGACUUUAUGAGCCUACCCCUGCGCGAGAGCGAGCGCGAAGCCUGCCUGGCGAGCCUCGUAUCGCGGACUCCCGCAUUCAACGGUGACGACCUCGCAACACUUGUAGAAAACGCCAAGAAUAUCGCGAGCGAGCGAAUAUGGGAAGCUGAGGGUGCUCUAGAGAAAACGGAGGAUGAAACAGAGGAGACACCCAAGCCGAUAGACUUCUUAGAACUGUCCGACUUGGAGCAGGCGCUACGAAUAACUAGACCUACGGCCAUGAACGACGUCAACCUUAACCCGCCGACGGUUCACUGGCAGGAUAUCGGCGGCCAGGAGGAACUGAAAAAGAUUCUUUCCCGGAUGAUCAAGAAUACAAAGUCCACAUCCCCCAUCAGCUACCAGGUCCUGCAAAGCCCGUCCAAGGGCUUGCUACUGUACGGCCCCCCGGGCUGCUCCAAGACGCUCUCCGCGCAAGCCCUCGCCACCGAGUCAGCGUUCAACUUCUUCUCCGUCAAGCCGGCUGAACUGCUCAACAUGUACGUCGGCGAGUCGGAGCGCGCGAUGCGGACCCUGUUCGAGCGCGCCCGCGCCGCCUCCCCCUCCAUCAUAUUCUUCGACGAGAUCGACUCCAUCGGCGGGCAGCGGGAUCCCAGCAGCGGCGGCGGUGGCUCCACCGGCCGCAGCAACCUCUCCGUCAACAUGCUCAACGCGCUCCUCACCGAGAUGGACGGCUUCGAGAGCCUCGGCGCCGUCAUCGUGCUUGCCGCCACGAACCGGCCCGACGCCAUGGACCCGGCGCUGCUGCGCCCGGGUCGCUUCGACCAGAUGGUCUACGUCGGCCCGCCAGACGAGGCCGCUCGCCAGGCUGUCUUCGGCGUGCACCUGCGCGGGCUCUCGCUCGCGCCGGACGUCGACUUCGCGGCGCUGGCGCGGCUGACGGAGGGCAACUCCGGCGCCGAGAUCAAGGGUAUCUGCGCGGAGGCGGGCAACGCGGUGCUGGAGCGGCACGAGGACACGGACGGCGCCGCGCCGCUGCAGAUCGCGAUGGAGGACCUCGAGGCGGCGAUACGGAGGGUGCCGAGACACAUCACGAAGUCCAUGACGGAUAUGUAUGAGGCAUGGGCGCGGAGAUUUAGAAAGACUUGA